UCUUAAAGUCAUUUUCCUUGAUGACUUUAAGAAAUCAUAUUAAUUGGCAUUAAUAUUCCUAAACUCAACCCCUUGCCCUUUUUCUAAAUAUACAUAUCAUUAGAUCAUCUUGGAGCUGUUCACGAGUAUCAUCCUAGAACAUGGCAAGUAUAUUAAUCGAAGGACAUGGCAACUUUUUGUAUCAUUUCUCCUCUAUCUGUAUCUCCAAGUUCCUAAUACUAAGUAGCACAUGUGUUAUUCAAUCAUAGAAUCGAUUUCGAUAGUCAACUCUAUAAUGUAUGUUUGUUAUUAGAAAAAUGCACAUCAAGGUACUGUAAUGUUUUUUAGAAUAUCAUAUUCAAAUAAGUAGUUAGCCCAUGAACCGCAAUCUAAUUAAAUAAACAUUAGAAAAAUCUUUUUUGUUAUUUCCUCCCUCUCUCACGUUUUCUCAACAUUUGUGUUUUUGCUUCUAUUUAUUUGAAGCUAGAUAUGAUUCAUUUGAAUGUAUAAGUAACAAGGGGAUAAAAGGGUAAAGAAAAUGGAGAAAUUUUUGUUGUUCGCUCUCUUAUUUUUGGCAAUAACAAUAUUGGGUUCAAGUCAUGGGCUUGAUCAAAGUCCUAAAGGAGUGGACAAAUGGUUUAAAAAGCUUUCUCAUGCAAAACUAAAAAUGACCAAACUUCACUUCUACUUUCAUGAUACUGUGACUGCAACGAAACCAUCAGCAAUCCAAAUAGCACAAGCCAAUAAUACAUUUCAAUCACCAACAUUUUUUGGCUUGGUAAGGAUGAUGGACAAUCCGUUGACGGUUAACCCCGAGCCCAACUCCAAAAUAAUAGGCCGAGCCCAAGGGAUUUAUGGCUCAGCUUCGUUUGAAGAUAUAGGCCUUCUUAUGACUCUCAACCUUGUGUUCACAAAUGGUAAGUACAAUGGUAGCACGCUUAGUAUCCUUGGGCACAAUCAGAUAUUUCACGAGUAUCGAGAGAUGCCAAUUGUUGGUGGUUCUGGUGUUUUCAGGCUAGCAAAAGGUAUCGCUACCGCGAAAACAUACAGCAGUGAUAAUACCACACAAAAUGCAAUAGUUGAAUACCAUGUUGUGAUUUUGCAUUAUUGAAAUCUGUUGGCUUGUUUUGAUUGUUCAUAAUGUAUUCUUGAUUGCUUUGUGUUUUUUUUUUUUGGUUGUGCAUUAUGGAAGUAUGCUAUGUCGUGAUGCUAAUAAAGUUAAUGUGUUUGUUAAA